UUACCCCAAAGCAGAAUAACAAACAAAACAGUCAAUAUUUUUCGUAAUCCUGUUAUCAUUUCAUUUUUCGCUUCUUAUCUUGUGAUUCAUGCCCCUCAAAAUCCCUCUGAUAAUAAUUAUAAUUAUAGAAGUGCACGACAAAUUUCCGAUCGAAUAUCAAGGUCCGCUAUAAACGAUUCCUAUCGACAUGGUCUAUCGUAAGUGAAAACAGCGUACGUUCUUCCUCACUUGGAAUCGUGAACAAAGGACUGGUCCAAGCUGAUCUUGAACUUGAUCACGUAAUGAAUCAAUAAAAAAUAGUGGUGUUACAAUAAGGUUAGUGUGGAACGGUUUGAUCUGAAUAUGCAGAUUUCCGUUUACAGUCGCCUGAGCGACGAAUGUCGCUUGACGGUGGAAUUCAGCGGUGAAGAUCCGGAUCAGACGUUGCAGUAUGGCACCAAGUUAAAGGUUUGUGGGGAGAACUACCUCCUGUUGACGGCUGAUGGGAAGCUAUACCUAGGAGAACCCCGAAUCCGAGAUAAAACGAUCUUGUUUCACUAUUUGAAAGAUGAUGUGGCCGAUUUCGACACGGAAGGGAAUUGGAUUUAUUUGGUAAGCAUGUCGGAAGGGAACGUGUUUCGUGGGAAGAAUAGUGCACUUGAAGAGUGGACUCAGCUGUUUGAGGGAGAUGGUAGAAAAUUUGAGAAAAUCUGCUGCAAUAAUAAUGGGUUGCUUGUGUCUAGUUCGGGCGGAAGUGAAUUGUACGCUCAGGGAGAUUUCGGAAGUGUCGUUAAUUGUGAAGAGCUAACUUUGGUGAAGGAGGUUGCUUCGGAGCAUGUGGUUCAAAUAUCGUCGGGAAUAGAUUUCGUUAUUCUAUCCAGUAGAAAGACGGAAAAAGUGAUAGUCGACAACAAAAAUGAUCUGUUUUAUGAUAAGUAUUGUCUGAACGAGGAUUCUGGGAUUUACGUAGAUUGGAAGAAUAUACUUCGAAAAAUGAAAUUUAGCCUCGAACGAAUGUCUGGACUUGACAUUAUCCAUAAUAUGACCGUAGACUCGCUGACCGUAUACGGACAAAUGCUUCACGAAACUGGUGUGGCGUGUUUCGGAAAAGUAAACAAAGGUCAACUCGGUACCGGAGAUCACAUUCGAAGAGACAAGAUAGUCCAUCUAAAUUUAUUCAACGUUUCGAAAGUAGCCACCUGCUGUGACUAUUCUUCCGCCCUGACACUCGAGGGUCAGUUAUACUUAUGGGGAGAUAACAACAAAAAUCAAGCAACCCCCGAUCGUGGUCUCCUGUUGAACAACUGCAGCACUCCCACCCUGAUCGAUCGUUUCCAACACGUCUUGGAUGUCGCUUCAGGAAACUUUCAAACAUAUAUCGUCACGAACGACUUACGCAUCCAUGACGUUCAAUUGGAUAACGAUGGCUUCCACUAUGAAUGUGCAGAUAGAAAGCGAAUGUCCGAACUCCCCACCGGUAUUGCACUGGACGAUUUACCAGUCUUAUUGACGAGCGAUAAUCUUAUCAUCCUCAAUCACCUUCCAUUUAACAAAGAAGUACUACGAAACUACAGCAAAGAGCAGACCACGAUACAAUGUUUGCUAAGGCAUUUCAAAGAAGAUGAUUUAACUAAAACCUUAAAGAACUCUUACAAUACUCUAAAACCACAAUUCUUCUAUCGUUCCUGCAAGAGACUCUUCUAUCUAAUGAUGCUCAACUUGAAGUCUCUAUACAGAUUUGCUCUAGAUAACGACAUAUCUAAGAUUUUUUCGCUAUUGAUGCACGAAGAGAUCCAUUUCUUGUAUAGGCAGAUAUUGGAAUGUUAUUGCGAUAGCGAGUGCCUUAUGCUGAUGGAUGAAUCGGAUCUAAAAUUGCUCAAAAUCUAUCUGGACAACGUAAAAAACACAAUCGAACUGAUUGAAACGCUAGUCAAUUCAAACAAAUCGUUGGACGAAGUGGUGGAAACCCGAUUGCUGAAUAUUAAAAGUGAGUGGCUUCGUUUUUUAAACGAGGAAGUUACCGAAAACAUGGGUAAGACCAUGAAAGUUACCAAAGAAUUUUGGCUUAAUGAUUUCAACUUGCGGUGGUACGCCCUGAAGGAAGCUCAUCGAAGGGUAAUACUGGAUUCCAUGGAAGUACCGCUGAAACUACUAGAAGUUAAUAUUUUUUCCUCCUCGCCGAGAUUUGUACUUUUCUCCGACAUUUUGGGGUACCUUUCUGGGACCCAAGUCAUAGUGUGCCCGCUUGAACUGAUCUGGAUCUCGACGGAUAUCAAGGAAGCUCUUAGAAAUAAAUAUCGAGAAAAGGCGCGCUUCGUGAUAAACAUAAUUACACCGGAGGAAAUCCUACGAUGCUACACGGUGAAUUCGGUCGAUAAGAUGGUUUGGCAGGACGCCCUCAAGAAGCAAGUGAUGCGAAUCUUGAAGAAGGAUCCAACGGUGAAGCAACCGAUGUAUCGGUAUUGCCCCUACCAGUUCAGCGACAAGCACGCAAAGUACGGCGGAAUGAAAUACUACGGAAUAUGGCGAGUUGGCCAAAUAGACGGCAUCGGACAGCUGAAGGGAAAAGACCGAUGGUAUCGUGGCGAAUUGUACCAGGGUGACAUCACCGGAUAUGGCUGUAUGAGUCGCACCCUGUAUGGAUUCGAGACGGUUUAUGAAGGUGACUUUUAUGAGGGCAAGUAUAAUGGCUUCGGAAAGCUGAAAUCCUCUCCAAGUCCCAGCGCGUCGCAGCAGUAUUUCAAAUAUCAAGGAUACUUCAAAGACGACAAAUACAGCGGAUACGGAACUCUUACAACCAGUUCAUACCAGUACAACGGAAGCUUUAGCAAUGAUCUCAAGGAUGGUUUUGGAGUAGUAGAAGACAGUAUUAACGGGGUGAAAUAUAUCGGCAUGUUUGCCAACGACAAAAAGUACGGCAAUGGGAUCCUCAUAACGACUAAUGGCACCUACUUUGCGGGAUUAUUUGCAAACGAUGUGCUGACCAACUCCGCAGGCGGAUUGGCGAUUUUCCCCAGUGGAAUUUACUAUAAAGGUGAUAUGACGAUCGAAGGCCCCAAUGGGAAGGGCACGUUCUACUAUCCCGAGUGGGAAAUCGAAACAGAAUCUUUCGAACUGGAUGACACCAAUACGAAAAUGAAUGGCCAUACAAUGACAGGGACGUUCGCGGGAACAUGGGACAAUGUGCGGAUCUCCAGUGGAAACAUGGCAACGAAUCAAAGCUUCAAUAAGGUUCCAGCUUUAGACCUCACUAUUAACGCAGAGCAAAAAUGGGCUUCCAUCUUUAUUUGCUUUCAUCAGUCGGUAUUUGGUACCAGUGAUAUAAGUAAAAUCCGUUCUAUGGAUAUCAAGAGAAUUUGGAACAAGAUUGCAAUCUUUAUAAACCGAGCGAAACGGAAAGAACACCUAAAAUCGAACAGCUUUGAAACUAAAAUAACAGAAUUCGAUGACAAUUCUGCCGCUGAAAUCUGCCGAAGUGGAUACCGCUUGACCACAACGUCGGCUACAUCUCUUAGAUCCAGUAUAUCAGACUCCAAAUUGUCUCUCGUUGCCGAGAACAUGGCCUCUCUGGACAAUAUCUCCAUGCGAAGUUUCACGUCGGUUGUGUCGAGGGAGAACGAUGACGAUUUCAUGCUGAAUCCUUCCGGAGAUCAAAGCCGAACGUCACCCUUUCGAGAUUUGGACAUCAUUCCGGACUUCUGUAUCACCUCUGUCAAUAGUCAAGGGCUUGCUCUGCUUCGUGAAUAUCUUGGAGAAGCGUUCCGGAUCCAGCAUCAUCCACUGCAUCAGCUGUUCGAAAAACUUUCCACCUGUUUUUACUCCACUUACAGUUGCUGGAAGUACACCCCGAAUUCGAUUCUCUGCGAACCGGCAAUGAACGAGUGGAUCUCAAUCGUCAGUCGGAUAUACACGCUCGUAGUGACCGUUAUGUUCCCGGCGCUACCGAAAGGCUCUACUGUGGUAGAUGGGGAACUGUUGUCCUAUCAAACUCUCCUUUAUCCAAUUCUGAUGACGCAAGGCAUUUAUUCGGCAUUAUUCGUUUUGUACGCUAGUAAGUGCAGCAAAAACGACGAGAUAUACCGCCAAAGAAUAUUGAUAUGCGAGAAAAAGACAGACGAGAACUUAAUCCAAUUACUGGACAUAGAUAGGGUCCUCAUUCCAAUCAUCCAAAGUUCACUUUACCAGAAGGCAAUAGAAAGCCUGAAUCGCUUCAAGGAAAAAUGUUGUCCAAGUGAAAUGAUGAAACAUAUCAAUGAAGCCUUCGAACUUGUUAAUGACGCCAGUAAGCAGUAUGAUUCCACAUUCACCAUCGCGGCCGACAGUCUGCUGGAGUUGGCCAUACUGCUCAUCAUCAAAGCCGAUAUACCUCAACUGGGAGCAGAGAUAAGCCUGCUGGAAGAUUUGAUGCAGAACGAUGCGUACGGCGGAGCAGACUUCCAUAGCAGUACCCAGAAUGAUUAUUGCCUUACAACGCUGAAGGCUUCUUACCAGCAUAUCAUUAGUGAUAACUUCUUCGUCAAUAAAAUAUUCGACGGAGGGAGCCCUUAACAAAUGGAAUAAUGCUCAAUAAUUCGUAUCUGUUUAACGUAAUUUUGGAAAACUCAUUAAGUCGUACUUUCGCUACAAGCUUUGGGGCAGCCUUAACCCUCUCUUUCCCACGACUUUUUUUAAAGAUUUCAAUAGGAAGGAAUCACCAUAGGAAAAAAUGCUAGAACAAAAGUUAUUUGGCAUAGCUAAAAUUAAUGGAAAACGAAAAAAAAAGUUUUUGAUUGUAAAUCACUAGUUACUUGAUUAUUUUCAAUAGUUUCACUAUUUUUAUUCAAAAUUUAUUAUAUGUGCAGUCUAAUGAAACCAUAAAGUUGUGCCAAAUACUGCUUUUUGUUGUUGAAAUAAUUCGAUGAAUGUUGGAAGGUGCAAAUUUGGAGCUCUACAGCUACCAUGGGAAGGAAAGGGUUAAUAAGUAGCAGAGCUCUUCUCGUUUUUCUUCUUCAAUGGCUCAACAUUCCAACUAGAUCUUGGCCUCUUUUUCAACUUAGUAUUCUAUUAGCAUUUCCUCGGUUAUUAAUUGAAAGCUUUUCUAUGCCCACCGCACAUGAGUACAAUAGAUACACUAUGCCCAGAAUGUCGAGAAAGUUUCCAACCCGCAAACAUCCUAGACCGGACCAAGAAUCGAACUCGUCAUCUCCGGAUUGCAAACCUAUGUUUCUGCUCGCAAAGCUACUGCAAAGCACCGGAGUUCAUAUCGUUUUAAUAUUCUGCCAAAUUUACGUUACGUUGAAUGGCGUCUUAUAGAUCUAUCGCCAUAUUGCAUGAAUCAUAGGAGAUCCGCUAUGUUUACUCCAAUUUAUGCUACAAUAUUAGCAGGGUCACGUUUUGGGGAUGGAGAGGGACCUUGGGGAAUGGAUCCAAAACCAACCUAUUCUAGUCAUCACUUGCGAAUUUUGGUGCAUUUAGAUGGACCUAACUCCAUUCGGCGUAGGCUCAUCGAGGAAGAGUUGUAGUCCAUGAAGUACCAAAUAUCAGGAAUCUCUUUCCGUCUGAAUCUAGCCAAGUAUAUGUAGAGUAUAUGGCUCAAACCUUAGCCAAAUAUGCUGUGGUUGAGCAAAUAUCGUUAUAAAUAUUCAUAUACUAACUGACCCGUCAAACUUCGUCUCGCCCAAAACUUUGCACAAUGCUAAUUUGGUUCCAUUUACUUGUUUUAUUCUUGAGCUAAACAGAAAUUUAUGUUUCAUUUGAAUGGAAACCGCCUCCCCCUUCAAGAGAGUGAAGGGAUCUCAUACUACCAAAGAAAUAUUUCUUGUCUUUAAAAAUCACCACAUUCCAAAUUUGGUUCCAUUUCCAUUUCCAUUAGGUAGUUCUCAAGUUAAGUAAAAAUUUAGGUUUCAUUCGUAUUCGCUCCUCCUUUCAAAAAAGGGGGAGUCUCGAAUCACCGUUGAAACAUUUCUUGUCCUCAAAAAUCUCCACAUGCCACGGGGACCAAAAUCUGGCAGAACAUUUUCCCGGGGUGUGAGGCUACCUUUAAGACUUCGGAAAUAAUAAAAUCUUAGCCAUUCGCUGGCGUUACCCAGCAACAAAACCUUUAUCAAAAAUGGUUCAAUAUCUGCCAAAAGUAAUGUUGCUUUGCGGGGAGGGUUAUUUGAAAAUUAUUCAACUGUCAUUUUUAAGGUUAAUUUAAUUUUAAUAACCCUAAAUGUUUGCUGACAUUUUGCCUUAAAGUUGUACUCUUUGUUCAAAAUAAGCUAGCAUAUUUUAACAUAAGCGGGCUUGGUAGUCAUAUGGCUACUGCUUCUGCCUCACACGCAGGAGGUCGUGGGUUCAAUCCGCCAUUAUCCUACUUUGUAUCUUUCUCUAUAUUUCUCAUGUUCUAGCAAUCGCUAGAACUGGAAAUGGACUUCCAUACCGUUUCCAUUACUAUUCCUAUACCUUCGACUUAAGUAUUCUAACAGUUAUCUGCUAGAAUUGGAAAUGAAAUUAGCUCGUUUCCUUCAUCCAAUUAGAAAUUUCAUCAGUUGCCUUCUCCUAUCUAUCACAUUGGCAGCUCGUUUUAACCAAGACGGCCCUCUGCCUCUCGAACCUAACCCAAAAAUUCCAACAAAUUCCGCAUGAACUCGUGCAGAGGUAUAUAAGGCUUGCAGUGGGCAAGUGAUUACAUCAUCAUUUCCUCCCCCUUCCCUACAUUGACUUGCAUUCUGACGUGGCAGGCGCCAGUAUGACCUAACAAAUGAGAUCACCAGUACUUGUGCAUUGAAGAUGUGUGCUAGUCCCAAGCAAACAUCUGUUGGUUCCCUGUGCAAGAACAGCUUAUCUGAUCAUAAUGGAGUAGCAAUAAGCUAGCAUAUUUUAAUAUCAAUUUCUGACAAAAGAGCCUACAAAAUAUCCAACAUCAAAUUCUAAUAGGGCCCUGAAUCUGCACUCUUUCAAUUGCACUUUUCAAGAACGAUGGAACAAAUUUUUUUUUUUCACCGAAGUGGUAAACGGGUAUGUUUCCGAAAAUAUUUUUCUAUACCGUAGAUAUUGUUAGUACGAUGAUUUAAACAGAUAUGUUGCAUUUUGGCGCAUAUGUCAUACGAUGCGAUGGAUUUUUAUUGUUCUAUGAUCAGUGAUCUGAGAUGUUUUAAUCGUUUUAAAGGAGCAGAGUACAAGUUUUAUGUCGACCGUAAAGUAAGAAAAUUCAUUUUUUCCCAUGUUAUUGCAGUGAAGACAACUUAAGCAAUCGAAUAGUAGAUAUAACGAAACAUUAUUUAUGAAAUAUUUAAAGUAGUAAAAGCAUUGUCGUUUUGGUGAACUAAUAACAAAUAAAAAACAACCUGUUAUAAAAAAAUCGAAUGAAGAAAAGAUUGCCGAUAGGCCUUGUAACUUGUAACAUCUAUGAUUAUUGAUUAUGAAAGACAAAGCGAAUGUCCAAUAAAGAUACUGUAGUAUGUAA